AUGGCGGACGACGACGCCGUGGCCGAGCUGGCGGAGGCCGUGGACGUGGGGUGGAUCCUGGUGUGCACGGCGCUCGUCUUCUGGGAGCAGGCGGGCUUCGCCAUGCUCGAGGCCGGGUCCGUGCGCGCGCGCAACCUGGGCAACAUCCUCUUCAAGAACCUGCUCGACGUGUCCCUGGGCGCCGUCGUCUUCGCCGCCGUGGGCUACGGCCUCGCGUUCGGCGACUCGGCGUCCGGCGUCGUCGGGUCGACGGGCUUCUUCCUGCGGUCGCUGGAGUCGCCCUACGACUACGCGAUCUGGGCCUGGCACUGGUCCUUCGCGGCGACGGCGGCGACGACGGUGAGCGGGUGCGUCGCGGAGCGCGUGGACUGCGUCGCGUACUUGGUGGCGGCGACGCUCGUGACGGGCGUCGUCUACGCCGUGCCCGUGCACUGGGUCUGGGCCGACGGCGGCUGCAUGAGCGUCUGGCACGGCACGACCUUGCUCGACGUGGGCGUCAUCGACUUCGCGGGCUCGGGGCUCGUGCACAUGGUCGGCGGGCUCGGGGGCCUCGUCGGGUCCGUCAUGCUCGGCCCGCGCCUCGGCCGCUUCCCCGCGGACGCGUACCGGCGGUCGGCCGACGACCUCCGGGGCUUCGCCGGGCACAACGCGACGCUCACGGCGCUGGGGGUCUACUGCCUCUGGUUCGGCUGGUUCGGCUUCAACGCGGGCUGCAGCGGCGGCCUCUCGGGCGGCGGCGCCAAGGUCGCGGCGCUCGCGGCCGUGAACACGGCGCUCGCGCCGCCCUGCGGCGCCCUCGUCGCACUGGGCGUCGAGCGGUGGCGCGCGGGCUACUGGUCGCUGCCGGCGACGGUGUCGGGCCUCCUCGCGGGGCUCGUGGGCAUCACGGGCCCCUGCGGCGUCGUCGCGCCGGGCGCCGCGGUCGCCGUCGGCGCCGUGAGCGGCGCGGUCUACGCGGGCGGGCGCGUCGCGCUGGACCGGCUCUGCGUCGACGACCCCGUCGAGGCGAUCGCGAUCCACGCGUUCCCCGGCGCCUGGGGCGUCCUCGCGUCGGGCCUCUUCGCGACCGACGCGCGGCUCGCCGCCGCGGGCUACGACCACGCGAGGCCGGGGCUCUUCGCCGGCGGCGGCGGCGUCCAGCUCGGCGCCCAGGCGCUCGGCGUCGCGCUCGUCGCCGCCUGGGCCUGCGCCGCGUCCGCGCUCUCGUUCCUCGCGGGCGCCGCGGCGACCAGGGCAGGACACGGGUGA